UUCUAGAUGUCACUGUCACCUGUCACAUUUGUCAUUCUCUGUCAUUUUAAAAAUGGGUAGUGCAAGAACUCUUUUUGGAAUUUUAGGCUCAAAACAGAUAUUACUAUGUUCAAAUUCCCAGUUUACUACUAAAAUUUCAAGAACAUUUCUUCAUCAAUGCUUUAGAUGUCAUAAAUCUCUACUGCUAAAUACCUGGUCAGCUAAUAAUUUAACUCAAAAUUCUUUACUCCAUAAAAGAACGUUUCAUAAGUCACACAGUUUCAAUGCCGCAAGACGGGAUUAUUAUGAAUUAUUAGGAGUAGGUAAAAAUGCUUCAAACUCUGAUAUUAAGAAAGCUUAUUACAAAUUGGCCAAAAAGUAUCAUCCAGAUGUAAAUAAGAAUGAUCCAGAAGCAUCUAAAAAGUUUCAAGAAGUUUCUGAAGCCUAUGAAAUUCUUGGAGAUGAAAAUAAAAGAAAGCAAUAUGACACUUGGGGUGCAACAGCUGAUCAAAUGGGAGGCAUGGGUGGUGGAGGAGGCCAUUCAAAAGGUCCACAAGGAUUCAGUCAGCAAUGGCAAUAUCAAUCAACAAUUGAUCCAGAAGAAUUGUUUAGGAAAAUUUUCGGAGAUGCUUUUACUCGAGGCUCUUCUCAUUUUGAAGAUUUUGCAGAAUCAAACUAUGGAUUUGGCGAAGCUCAAGAGAUUCUCCUAAGAAUAACUUUCACACAAGCAGCUAGAGGAACCACCAAGGAUGUAAACAUAAAUGUAGUAGACAACUGUCCAAAAUGUAGAGGAGCAAGAUGCGAACCAGGUACUCAAGCUACAAAAUGCCAAUUUUGUAACGGUACUGGAAUGGAAAGUAUCACUACUGGCCCCUUCGUCAUGAGGUCCACGUGUAGAUAUUGCCAAGGUUCCCGAAUGUAUAUUAAACAUAAAUGUACUGAAUGUGAAGGAAAAGGUUCCACUGUACAAAGAAGAAAAGUUAGCAUUCCAGUGCCAGCAGGUAUCGAAGACGGCCAAACAGUCCGAAUGUCCGUAGGAAAUAAGGAACUAUUUGUUACGUUUAGGGUAGAUAAAUCAGACUAUUUCAAGAGAGAUGGUCCAGAUGUUCAUACUGAGGCAGAUAUUUCAGUAGCACAGGCUCUUUUAGGCGGUACAAUUAGGAUCCAAGGAUUAUAUGAAGAUCACACAAUUCAGGUAAUGCCAGGAACAUCCUCCCAUACUAGAAUUCGUCUAAGUGGAAAAGGAAUGAAGAAAAUUAAUGGUUAUGGACAUGGGGAUCAUUAUGUAGUAUUAAAAAUUAAAACUCCGAAACAUUUAACUGAAAAGCAGAAAGCAUUGGCGAUGGCAUAUGCUGAAUUAGAACAAGAUACACCGGGCCAAAUCUUAGGAAUUACUGUUAAGAAAGAUGGAGCGCAAUAUGCGGGAUCCGAGGAACAAUCACAAGCGAAACAUUCUGAAGAAGCGCCAGGUUUUCUUAAAAAAAUCAAAAAAGCAAUUUUUGGCUAGACUAAGUUUGGAAGUGAUAGUUUAAAACAUUUUUAUUGACCAAACAGUGAUAUAUAAAUGAAUUUUAUAGAUAGAAGACUAUAUAAUACAUAAUGAUGGUUACUUGAUUUUAAAAUUAUAGGUAACAAAACAUUCACAACAAACGAGAAACUAAUUCUUUUAGAGGCCAUUCGUUCCGUAUUAGAAGGUAAGGACAAAAAAGAUACUGAUAGUACUAAUAUUGAUUUAAACAACAAUAGGAAACAAGAGGUAGAAGUAAAUAGUUCAAAAUCGACAGUUACCGAUAGUACAGUUAAGAAACCAGACACUAAAGAGACCAGCGAAGACAGCGAUGUUGAAGAUACAAAAUUGAAAAACAAGAAUUAGAGUUGUGGGAGAAAUUCUGUAGCCCUGGGUAGGAACUUGGAUUUAAAAGAAUCAACUUUUUGUAUUGUUAUCUAGUUUUUUUUAAAAGAGCUUGUAAUCCUUCUCGAUAGUUAUGUUUUUGUUGUACAUGAAAUGUUAUGUAAUAUAAGUUACCAAAGAAUUAAA